CCGAGCGCCCGAUCGGCGGGCCACAGCGCCUUCACUUGGGCGGCGCGCGCCUGAGCGUAGGCGCUGGGCGGCUCAGGCGACCGCCUGAUUCAAAUCGGACAGGAUCGAGUUUCCUGGAUCCGGUUCGAUCGAACCAGAUCAACGAAUCUUCACACAAACCGGCGCACACAUGCGACGAGACGACCCGUGGAAACCUAAUCGGCGAAAGGCGGUGGCAGCAGCUUCCUCCUCAUCGUGAACGGCGGCGGCAGCAGCGUCUUCCUCCCGCGGGCUUGUCGUCGAACACAUCAAAAGGCAGAGUGUCCAUGGGAACUGAGAAAUUUAUGUUCUCUAGUGCUCUUAACAGGAGGGAGCCCAACAAACAAGAUGAAGAGGCCUCUGAAGAGGAAGAGGAGGAGUUGGAGCACGAGCUUGCUGAUAUAACCUUCGAAGAUAUCCAAAGAGCUCGGGCUGAUGGCUCCCAUGGCUCCCAUGCCUCUAAGCUUAAUCAACAACUGAAGCCCAGCCGUGCUAACAAGAAUAGGCCAAUGGAGAUGAGUAGCAAAGUGAGAGUUGGGAGGUUUAGGGAGGUCGUCCAGGCACCAAAAAAGGUCGUAAGAGAUCCACGGUUUGAAUCUUUAUGUGGAACUCUUGACACAGAUGGGUUUAGAAAACGGUACAGUUUUCUGUUUGAGGUUGAACUUCCUGCAGAGAAAGAGAGACUUCAAAAGUUGAUCAGGAAGUCAAAAGACCCAAAUGCAGUUGAGGAAUUAAAGAGCCAUCUUUCUUGGAUUGAUAAACAGAUAAAAUCAGGUCCUCGGAAGAGUGCUGAAUCUGAGAUUUUGUCUGAGCAUAUAAAGAAAGAAAGAGAAGCAGCAAAGCGUGGGAAACAACCAUAUUACUUGAAGAAAUCGGAAAUUCGAGAAAGAAAACUGAUACAGAAGUACAAUGAACUCAAGGCUGCAGGCAAGCUUGAUUCUUACAUUGAGAAGAGGCAGAAGAAAAAUGCUUCCAAGGACCACCGUUACAUGCCCUACAGCAGAUCUGGCAAUGAUGCACAAGAAUAGAGGCUUGUGCUCUUGUUCAAAGUCAAUGUGCUCUAUUUAUUUCCAUCCCAACCCCGAAAGAACUCUCUGCUACUGCUCAUUCUGCAGGAUCUUGUGGUGCCCAGGGCCGUGCCGGGGCCUUGUUUGCUUGAAUGCCCAGAAUUGUUCUUGUUUGAUAGUAUCCUCUUAGAAGAACAAGAUCUGGAUAGUUGGUCAUAUAUGUUGCAAACUAUGGGUGCCUGCUUUGCCUGUCAAGAUGCCAAAACUAGUUCUUUGGAAUUGGAAUUGUAUUGAAUUCUUAGCAAUCGCAAGCAGCAACUACAUCACUAAAUCUUCUUUUGUUAUGUAUAUAUUGCUUCCAUUUCUCUUUCGCUA